AGCAGCACACUCAGAGAGCCAAAAAAAAGCUCAACAGAAAAGAAAACAUGCGAGUGAAGCAUGUGAAUGAACAAAAAUAUUGAAUGUCAGUAAGGUAUUGUCUAUCGUACGGUUCGCAUAUCUAAAGACGUGUGUAGAUAAAAAAUCAUUAAAAUUUGUGGAUUUAAUUGACAAAAAAAAUUAUUUCAAAAGUUUCGUACAAAACUUAUUUAUGUGGAAUAAAAAAUCAGUGAUUAAAAGAAUUAAAGGAGUUGAACCUUAAAACUGUUCAAAUUGAGUGAAAAAUAAAAUUGUGAAUGCUCAACUAAAUCUUACAAAGGAAUACAAUAAUAACUACAGCUGCCGUUGUUAUCCAACCCGGCAAUAGAGUAUUAAAAAUUUCAUCAAAUCAUUACAGCAUCACGCAAAACGAAGUGAAAACUGUUAUUAAAAUACAUUUUUUUUGUGUUUGGACUUUCGUAAGCUAGGCUAGCUAGCUAGCUGCAUCCAGUGAAUGAAAACAAAUGUUUUAUGAAAUAUUCAGUGCGAUGAAGUAAAAAAAAAGAAGAUUAAAUUGUUUUUUUUUGUGUGUUACUGUCCUAAAAAAAUGUACAUAAAGUUCUAAACAGAAUCAGUGAAUUGAAAAUAGACAAAUUUGAAUGAAUGUGCAGAAUAAAUAUUCACGAGUAUAUGGUCGCGUUCAAACGAAAUGAAUUGCUGAUGAAACUGUGAAAGUUUUUGUUGUUUGAAAAAUGCAUUGAUUUUGUCAAUGUCGGAUCUAUAAAUUGAGGAUAUUUCAGUGUGUGUGCAUGUAUGUGAUUUUAUGGAAUAUUCAGUAUUGUAUCCACAAAUAUGGAAGUCAAAAACAGAAGGCGACAGGAAUCGCCAUUCAAAUGCUUGAAGCCAUUGAUUAGAAUAUGGGGAAUCGCAACUGCUAUUGUGAUUUGCGGAAUCGGAAUGGAUAUCCUGAUGCACGGCUAUGAAGCUGGUAUUUAUCUAUUAUUAUCAGCAUCUCUUAUAUUCCUGUUUGAAAUCAAAUGGGUGAUAACGCUUUUCCUCCAGCUCAUUUGUACGAGCAAAGAUAGAAACUCAUUAUGUUUACAUUGUUGGAAGUGGACGGGAGUAUUUGGAAGCUGGCGCCUUUCAUUUCCCUACGUAGCAUUAGGUGUAGCACUCAUCAUGUGGCCUCAUAAUCUCUGGUUAAGUUAUGUCGGUGGAGUUCAACUGAUAAUGUUAGCAAUUUUGAGAAUGUUUACAGUAUUUAGAACCAAUAUACGAGGGAGAGAGGAUAGUCUGUUACCAGAAUUUGAUGAAAGUUCCGACAAAUACGACAUACUAUCAGAUGGAUUAGAUGAUGUUACGACAGAUAACAACAAUACAACGAGUUUGCAUAAAGCACAACCGACACUUGAGGAUGAGGAAGCACUCGAUCCAAUAGACAACGAAGACAAUGAUGAUGAUAUUUGACAAGACGCAAAGCUCACGACAACACAUGAGAACAACAAUAAUGAGAAUGAGGCAGAGCAUAAGGAGAAACGACAAGAGCAAGAAGAACAAUCUAAUAAUAGUAGUAAUAUACAUAAGCUCCGACAUAAGGUUCUUCUCACACGACCAUAUGUUGCUUAUGAGCCAUUGAAUAAUUGUGAUAGUCUUAAUAGAAACUCAACUACAUGAGAAACUCUCGAUUUGUAGGGAAGGAAGUAUUUGUACUGAUAUUAUCCAAUGGAAAGGUUUUGUCGAAAGAGGAUUAUUAUUGUUUUGGGGUAAUUUGAAGAGUUUACUAAGUAUUGAUAUUGGGUUAGUUUGAAGUGAUUCGUGGAAAGCUUUCAAUACUUUUGAGUAAAAUGCGAUUUAUAAGAUGUAAUAGCCUGAAGUAAUUAUUUUCGAAAGUAAAAACUUGAUUGUCGAAAGUAAAAGUUUUAUUUUCGAAAGUGAAAAUUUAAUUUUCGAAAGUAAAAAUUUUAAUUUCGAA